AUUCGAAAGAACGAAAUAAUAUCAAUCGGUUUGGAGUCGGUUUCAUUGAUGUGACUGUAGCAUAUAAAGAAAGUUUUGAGUCUCAAACAAGAAGGAGCAGGAAGGUGUUCCUAAACGGUCAUCCAGCCUCCUUAGCGAUGGAAGUUAUUCAAAGCCCAUCCUCAUUUCAGAUGUCAGGGGUUUGACAUUGAGAGUCCGACUUUGUGAAUUAUUUUCGUUCUGUUUCAUCUUCAUGAUCAAACACUUUAUGGAUAUCUUCAUCUUAAUUGGAUUAUUAUUCAUAGAAUAAACACAAUGGCAUCAAAUGGAAGGAUAUUGAUCACCUUUUCUUCAUUCAUUUUCAUUCUCCAUUUGACGAGGAAAGCUGAUGGUUGGGGAGCUUCUUGUUCUCAGGGACCACCGGGACCACCUGGGCCUCCAGGACCAUCUGGACCUGCAGGUAGUCCUGGCGAUGGGGAACUCCUGGAAUAUAACAACUGGAAACAGUGUGCCUGGUACUCCGCUAAUGGCAAUGACUAUGACACUAUCUAUACUUGUACUUUCACGAAGAGACAGAGUGACUCUGCUCUCUGGGUCUACUAUGGUGGAAACAUUCGUCUUUAUGGAUGUAGUGGAUGCUGUAAAAGAUGGUAUUUUACUUUCAAUGAUAAUGAAUGUUCACCUACACCUAUUGAUGGUGUGGUAUACCAAACCAAUACUGACUACAUGAAUCUGCACAGGCACAGAAGCAUUUCAGGAUACUGCCACACGGUCGGAGCUGGAUCAGUCAAUGUGAAAUUUUUGGUAGGAGACUGCCCGGGAUAUGGGAACUAUGAUGCUUACACAGGGUGGAACAGCGCAUCACGAAUCAUCAUCAAGGAGGUCCCUAAAUCAUCAUAUGGAUACUAGCUUGAUCAAUAAACUUGACAAUGAACUCGCAGAAAUGGACCAACAGUGUUACAACUACCGAAAGUCAGAUCAUGUUCCCAUUCAUGGUUUCUUUUCAGCCUGUUCUAGGAUGUAAAAUGUGGAAAGAUUGUUUGUGCUCCAACAUGCUACUUCUCAACUUAUUCUACAUAUUAAAUCCGGAAGGUUUUUAUUAUAUAAAAACUGACAAUAUCGCUGAUCCGCGAAUCACUAGAUAUCAUGACCGAUGACAAUUUUGUUUCUUAAUUCCGGAUUAAUGCAUUUCGAAAUCACGAAUCGUUUAUCAAUGUCCGUAGCAUAAUGAAUCCGCAGGAAAACUUACUACAAAGGUAGGAAAUAUCAAAGUUCCUGAUCAUCCCACCGCUGCCACUGUUUUGGCAGUACGCGUUCGUAGAACGGAUGAAUAAAGAAAUUUCAACAUAUUUAGUCAAAUUUUCAAUUUACAAACAGAAUUGUAAAUUUGGCAUUGUUUUAAAGCGAUAUUCAAUUAACGUCAAUGAUAUCUACUUCAGAUGUGGACAUAUUGAUUGGUGAUUUUCUGGUUAAUCCAACGUUGAUAUGAUUGACGUUUUUCAGAAUUACAUGCUGAGUUAUGACUCAUUCUGAUAUUAUCAGAUUGUCAGAUUUAUUUCAAACUUCUAGGAAAUUGUUUUCCCGAAUAGAUUUUAGAUUACAUUGAUUAGUUUUCAAUCUUUUCAUCGUAAUAGCAAAUAAAUCGUUAGUUUUUGUUGGUUAUUAACUAGUUCUUACCUCUUUUCUGUUAUCUCGUUACGCCUGUGUGUUGACUAUUAGUAGUAUACCGAUUUUGUUUAAUUAUUCUUAUUUUAUGAAUCACUUUAUAGAAUUGAAGAACAAACAAGGUUUUCAUAAAUAAAUGGGGACAGAGGGAGAGAGAGCAAGAGGGGGUGGAAGGCGGGAAAAGAGAGAGGGGAAGAAGUGGGAUGGGUGAGGGAAGAGAAUGGAAGAGACAUUGGAAAAUAAGCUUUUGUGCAUGAAGGGUAAAAAAAGGGAAUUACAGUCGAUCUACUGGGAAAAUCAUAGACAAACUCAAAUUCUAUUCCUGAAAAAUGUAUGUAUGAAAGUAAAUGAGCACACAGAGAAGAAAAAACAUAAACAGAUAUUAAGGCAAUGAAAAGGGGUUGAAUGCAUGCCAAGUGAGUUAUUUUACAGCGGUCUUCUUUUGUGUGUGUGUACGAUUUUAGAACUUGAAAAAAAGGUUUGAUCAAUAUUGUUUAUUUCUCAACUUUUUGGAUGUACCCCACGCAAGGAUGGUAAUAAGCUAACCAUUGAAUAAAUCGAUAAUGCUUGGACUCUCCCAGAAAAAGAUUUUGGUACUUUUUCAUCUCCUGACACAUCUUCAAGGACGGGGAUGAGUGACGUUUCCAUAAAAAUAUCAAAUUCAGAUUGUUUUGGUUUGGUUGACUAAUAUUUCAAUCCUCGUAUUUAUUAAUCGUGAUCACCGAGAGCUAUUUCGUGAAAACGUCAGUGUUCAUUUUGGAAUAUUAAAUGGAUUAAGAUGGGAUUAAUCGUAAGGAAAAUGAUAUUCUUG